UCUAUACUCCAACCACUACAGUAGCUAGGACUCGCUACCAUUCGUCGUCGGCAUCGCCGGGUAGAGGAAGAAGAGAAGAAGCUGAGCAGCAGCAACAUCCAUCAUAGGAAGCUGCAGCACAGAGCCAACAAGGAAAAGCGAAGUCUUCCGUACCACGAGCAGUAGCGGUGAGCUUGCUCUUAAAAAAAUUGCACUUAUUAGUGAAGUGUUCACUAGGUAGUCAUUUCUUAAUAUAGCUCUCCCAUGCUCUCUCACAUGGACAUGAUCUCUGGAAGUCUUCGUUGAGAGCUUGAGAAAUCAUCCGUUUUCCUAGUUUGGAAGAAAUCAUUUCAAGCCUGGGCCUCCGCCUCGCCAGGGGUACCGUGACAUAUAAUUGCAAAUGGAAUGCAGAUCUAUUAUCACACCACGGGACCUGGAGUCCAUGCUAUGUGAUGAAACGGCAGAGCCCAAGCCGCUGCCACUGUCACUUCUCGAAGAAAUCACAAAGGACUUCUCUCCUGAGCUGAAUAUUGGCUCCGGUGGAUAUGCGGAGGUUUAUAAGGGAAUUCUUGAGAAUAGGCUGGUGGCUGUGAAAAGGAUGUUAAAUACGUAUGAGUAUGAGAAGGAGUACGUCCGAGAAGUUGAAUGCCUCAUGAUGGUGAAGCACAAAAAUGUGGUACAGUUUCUGGGAUAUUGUGCUGACACACAAGGCAGUAUGUUAAAGUAUGCAGGAAAAUUGGUCUUGGCCGAUGUACGACAAAGGUUGCUCUGCUUCGAGUUUGUUCCUAAAGGGAGUCUUCGUGAGUAUAUCACGGGUACAUCUUGCGGACUUCACUGGACAGACCGGUAUCAAAUUAUAAUAGGAAUUUGUCAGGGGUUACAUUAUCUUCAUCAAAAUAAUAUUGUCCACUUAGAUCUAAAGCCAGAGAAUAUAUUGUUGGAUGAUAAUUUGGUACCAAAAAUUACUGAUUUUGGUCUAUCAAGGUGCUUUCGUCCAAUGCAGAGCCAAACUUUUACUGUACACAUACGCGGAACACCGGGUUAUGUUGCACCAGAAUGUUGCAACGGUGAAAUCACACACCGGCUUGAUAUGUACAGUCUUGGUAUAAUAAUCGCGGAGGUACUGACAGGAGAGAGGUUGGAUCUAAAUGAUAAUGUUGACAAGGUAGUUGAAAGUUGGAGUGCCAUAUUGGAGAAACCACAACGGGAUGUACAACUGGAACAGGUACGAGUAUGUGUUGAGAUUGCAAUGAAGUGCAUGGAGCUCAACCCGGCAAGGAGACCAGAUACACAACAUAUUAUCAGUGUCCUUGAUGGAAGAGAAACUAUAAAUGGAUAUAUUGAAAAUAGCAUGAUUACUUCACAGCAGCAGUUUAAUCCGAAAAUAUUGAAUGAGACCAUGGGUGCUCUUUGGUUGAGGUAUCAACAACUUAAUCCAGAUCUCCAGCGAAGCUUCAAAUAUUGCAGUAUUUUCCCCAAGAGAUCCAAGUUAAGAAGGGAUGUGUUAGUUCGCUUGUGGGUAGCACAAGGGUUUAUAAAGACCAGUUGUGCAACGGAGGACAUGGAAGAUAUAGCUGAGAGUUAUUUUCAGGAGUUAGUGUCAUGCUCAUUUCUUCAGCAAGGAGGAGAAUGGCCUGAUUGGUUUACAAUUCCUGACUUGUUGCAUGAUUUAUUAGACAAGAUUAGUGGAACGGAAUGCACCGUAAUUUUACCAAGCACACUAACUAAGAAACUUCACCAUAUCCAGCUGCUGGACUUUGGUCGUCAUGGCCAUGGCCAAAUUUGGGAAUUUACACUUGAUAACCUUAUCAACCUGCGGUACAUAAUUUGUGAGAACUUGGAAUGUCCGAGCAUAGGCAGGCUUAUCUCACUCCAAGCGUUACCAAGCAGCAGGUUCACAGUAAGGAAUGAGCAGGGUUAUGAGAUAAAGCAGCUUAGGGACCUAAACAAGCUUCGUGGCAGCCUGACAAUCAAUGGCCUUGAAAAUGUUAAAAGCAAGGAGGAAGCUGUUGAAGCCAAUCUUGGUGCCAAGGAUCGGUUGAAGGAACUGAAGUUGGAAUGGGGUGAUGAUGGUACAAGGUGCAGCUCAGAAGUUGAAGCAGAGGUGCUUGAGGGCCUGUGCCCUCCUGUUGGUAUCGAAGAACUGAUUAUUGCAGAAUAUGAAAGCUUGAGGUACCCAGAUUGGAUGGUGGAUAAGCAGAAAGGUGGCCCAAAGAACCUGAAAAAACUUGUCUUGGGUGGAUGGAGCCAACCGGGACCUGGUCCUGAACUUGUGACUUUCAUUCAUCUUCGUGUGCUCUGGCUUGAUCGGUGCAACUGGGAUGCCUUACCAGGCAAUAUGGAGCACCUUACAUCGCUCAAGGAACUACAAAUCGAAGGGUGCUUGAAUAUCCGGUCGCUUCCAACACUGCCCCGUUCUCUUGAGAAGUUUUGUGUUGCAUACUGCAGUGGUGAGUUCACGAAGUCGUGUCAAACAGUCAGACAUCCAAAUUGGCAGAAGAUCAAGCACAUCCCCGACCAAAGAUUUGAAGACCCAGCAUCCUCAGAAGAAAAUUCUAGUUAGAUUUUCCCGCAAAAAAAGAGAAGAAAGAAGAGAAGGUUGGCUAGGAAUCACAAGUCCGUGAAUCAGUGAAGGAAUGUGGAGCCAUCAGGAUUUGUUCUUACUUUCCAUGUGCUUGUUUUAUUGUGCACUGUGAUUUUCAAUGUGCACCAGACGUGUAUGGCCGACUACUGUUUCAUAUGACUAUUUGUGAGUGAGUGUGAGAGAAUUCUGUAUACUAUUCAGUACUAUUUCUGAUCUGUAAUAAUGUGGGCAGUACCGUUUAAUUUGAUUGGUGAAUGCUAUUUAAUCA